AUGUCCGACGACGAGGCCGACCCCGAACUCUUGGCCCUCCUCCGCCAGCACUUCCAGGGCAAGCUCAACGUCGAUGAUGAGCCGGAGACGGGUGUCCUCGAUGGCGCCGAGUUUGUCUACGACAACUCCAUCGACGUCGCCAUCGACAUGAGGGCCACUAAGCGCGCCGCCGCCACCAUCUACGCUCAGAUGGAGCACAAGCAGUACUCGACCUCAACCUGGGCCGAGCAUGAGCUGCACCCCAAGACCAAGGACGAGGCCACCGCGGCCUUCAUCUUCACCAUGGACCUGCUCAAUUUCUGCUUCUGGUCCGAGAAGCCCCAGGAUGAGAGGUACGCCGUCGAGUACCGCGGCAAGACCUGGACCGGCUACUGGAGCAUGGUCGCCUCUCUUCAGCGCGCCCUCGACGAGGGCAUCCCCAUCACCAGCUCCGAUUUCUGGCAGAGCGAGGACGAGUGUAACAUGGAACUCAUGAGGCAUGUCUUCCGCUCCAAGACGGAGGAGGAGAUGCCCUUGCUCGAGGAGCGUCUGGCGUGCCUGCGUGAGGCCGGCACCGUGCUGUAUGAGAGGUACAACUGCAGCGUCACGAAGCUCAUCGAGGCCGCCAACGGCUCUGCCGCCAGGCUGGUCAACCUGCUCGCCCGGGACUUUGAUUGCUUCCGUGAUGAGCACAAGUUUGAGGGUCGUCGGAAGCCCGUGAGGAUCCUCAAGAGGGCCCAAAUCCUCGUGGCGGAUAUCUGGGCGUGCUUUGGCGGCGAGGGCAUCGGUGCCUUCCGUGACAUUGACAAGAUUACAAUGUUCGCCGACUACCGCGUUCCGCAGAUCCUCAAUACCAUGGGCUGCUUGUACUAUAGCCCUUCGCUGGCGACGGCUAUUAUCGACAAGCGAGUCAUUGAAAGUGGAUCGAGGUUGGAGUUGCAGAUGAGAGCGUGCAGUAUCUGGUGCGUCGAGCUCAUUAAGCGGGAAAUCCAGAAGGAGCACCCCGGAACGAGCGUCAACGCCAUUCUGAUUGAUUUCUUUUUGUAUGAUACCAUGAAGGAGUUGGAGGCCGCUGGCACAGAGACGGUGGGACAUCACCGGACGAGAAGUAUCUGGUACUAG